AUGAGUCCUGAUAUUAUUUUGGUUGUAAGUCUUAUUGUCAUGUCUUCAGCACUACCUGCUAAUAACAAAAAUCGAUUUUUAACCACCAUUGGAGACAGAGAAUAUUUUAUUGAGGAUAAUCUUGAGGCAAAUUGGGAAUUAGCUUUCCUGUCGUGUCGCAAACGUGGCCUCCAUUUAAUAUCCCUGGAUGAGUUACCCUACAGGAAACGUCUAAAGGAGUACCUAUCAAAAAAUGAGCUAAAAGAAAAAUCAUUUUGGACUUCUGGGACUGCCAUGAAUUUGGAGUCGUGGUACUGGUUGGACGUGGGUAAAUUUUUCAAAGGAAAAAUCGAAGGCGAAGUGGAAAAUGGGGUGCACGAUUGCUUAACACUAAAAGGGGAUGUUUUCUAUCAGAGAAACUGCAGUUCAAAUAACCAUUUUAUAUGUGAAUUGAGACAAUAA